AUGCAUGUCGGUCAUCUCCGGUCAACAAUCAUUGGAGAUUCCAUUUGUCGUCUUUUCGAACAUGUCGGCUUCGAUGUUCUACGAGUUAAUCACAUUGGCGAUUGGGGAACGCAAUUUGGGAUGCUCAUCGCGUACCUCUAUGAUAAGUAUCCUGAUUUUAUGAAUCAACCACCACCUAUUAGCGAUCUCCAAGCUUUCUACAAGGAGUCAAGAAGCGCUUUGAUGAUGGAUCCACGAAUUCAAGAAAACGCGCAUCAUACUGGCGUUGUAAAGCUGCAGAAAUCUGCCCGGUUGGUUUUUACAGACAACCAGAUCGUCUACGAUCGACUUGACAUUGUACUGGAAGAUGUGGGAGAGUCGUUCUAUCAAAAAAUGAUGAUUACUUUGGUGGACGACUUGAAGAAAACUAAAUUGGAUCGUUUUCGAGAGGAAGAAGGGCGUCUCCUAUAUUUCCCGGAGAAAUGCGAAGUGCCGCUGACCAUUGUGAAGAGCGAUGGAGGUCUGAGGCUUUUAUCACGUAUUUUCCAUGAUUGA